AUGUUAACAUCAUCAAGGCAUUAUGUUCUCAAUUGUAGCAGAAAUACAUUGACUCAGAUGGCGAGACGAUACUCACCAUAUCAUACUUUAUCAGGUACAAAUUAUUCUAAACUUAUUAGACAACAAAUUAAGGAUGAGGUCCACAAACUAAAGGCCCAAAAUCCAAAUUUUAAACCUACAUUGAAAAUAAUUCAAGUAGGUGAUAGACCUGAUUCUUCUACGUAUGUAAGAAUGAAACAAAAGGCAGCUGUUGCUUGUGAUUUGAUUUCUGAUACAGAAAAAUUCCCUAGUGAUAUUUCACAGGCGGAAUUAUUACAAAAAAUUAUUGCUAUCAAUAAUGAUCCAAAUGUUCAGUCUAUUAUGCUCCAAUUACCAUUACCUUCACAUCUCAAUGAAGAUAUAAUCACCAAUACAAUUGCACCAGAAAAGGAUGUUGACGGUUUAACUACUGUUAAUAUUGGUAAAUUGACUCAAAAGAAUGGAAAUCCAUACUUCAUCCCAUGUACUCCUCAUGGUAUUAUAAAAUUAUUGAAUCACCAUAAGAUUGAAAUGAAAGGUAAAUUGGCCGUUGUAUUAGGGAGGUCAGAUAUUGUAGGUGUCCCCGUGGCAACUUUGCUACGUAAUGAGAACGCAACAGUUAUUCAAUGUCAUAGUGCAACAAAGGAUGUCGAAAAUUUAAUUGGUAUGGCAGAUAUUCUAGUUGCCGCAUGUGGGAAACCUUUAUAUGUUAAAGGCGAGUGGUUGAAGGAAGGUGCUGUAGUAAUAGAUGUUGGUAUCAACUAUAUAAAGGACCCAACAAAGAAAUCAGGUAACCGGUUAGUAGGUGACGUCGAUUUUGAAUCAGCAAAGGAAAAAGCAUCCUUUAUUACUCCUGUUCCAGGUGGUGUUGGUCCAAUGACUGUCUCGUUAUUGAUGAAUAAUGCCCUUCUUGCUGCUAAAAAACAAUUGAUUAGAUCUGACGCACCAUUGAAUAUUAGUAGAUUACCAUUGAAGACUGAAAAGGACAUUCCAUCUGACUUUGAAAUUGCCAAAGCACAAACACCAAAGGAUAUAGCCUUAUUGGGUUCUGAAUUGGGUCUGUUACCUAACGAAUUGGAGUUGUUUGGUUCUUAUAAAGCUAAGGUUUCUCAUUCUGUAUUGGAAAGAUUGAAAGAUAGAGACAACGGUAAGUAUGUCCUUGUGGCAGGUAUCACUCCGACACCAUUGGGUGAAGGGAAAUCUACUACGACAGUUGGUUUAGUACAGGCUUUGACUGCACAUCUAGGUAAGCCUUCGAUUGCUACUUUGCGUCAACCUUCGAUGGGCCCUACAUUCGGUGUUAAGGGUGGAGCCGCAGGAGGUGGUUACUCACAAGUAAUUCCUAUGGAUGAAUUCAAUCUUCACUUGACAGGUGAUAUUCAUGCAAUUGGUGCUGCAAACAAUCUGUUAGCUGCUGCUAUUGAUACAAGAGUAUUCCAUGAAAGUACCCAAAAGAAUGAUUUGACAUUUUAUAAUAGAUUGGUUCCAAAGUCUAAGGGAAAGAGGAAAUUCACACCAUCUAUGUUGAGAAGAUUACAAAGAUUAGGUAUCAACAAGGAAAAUCCAGAUGAUUUAACUUCGGAUGAAAUUAAAAGGUUUGCCAGAUUAAACAUUGAUCAAGAUACUAUUUCAAUUAAGAGAGUUGUUGAUGUGAAUGAUAGAAUGCUAAGGAAAAUAACCAUUGGUGAGGCAGCCACUGAGAAGGGACAUACUCGUGUUACUGGUUUUGAUAUUACUGUUGCGUCGGAAUUAAUGGCAAUAUUGGCUCUUUCCAAGGAUAUGAAGGAUAUGAGAGAAAGAAUCGGUAAGAUGGUGGUUGCCUUUGAUGUAGAAGGUAAACCAGUCACCACUGAAGAUAUUGGGUGUGCAGGUGCAUUAGCAGCUCUAUUAAGAGAUGCCAUUAAACCAAAUAUGAUGCAAACACUAGAAGGGACACCUGUAUUCGUCCAUGCAGGUCCGUUUGCUAAUAUUUCUAUUGGUGCAUCUUCUGUAUCUGCUGAUCUUAUUGCAUUGAAAUUGGUUGGUACGUCAAAACAAACACCAAUUAAGGCCCCAGGUUAUGUUAUUACCGAAGCAGGUUUCGAUUUCACGAUGGGUGGUGAGAGAUUCUUUGAUAUUAAAUGUCGUGCAUCUGGCUUAGUUCCAAAUGCUGUGGUCUUGGUCUCCACUAUCAGAGCCUUGAAGUCCCAUGGUGGAGCCCCAAAUGUUAAGCCAGGCCAACCUUUACCUGAGGAGUACUUAAACGAAAAUGUUGAUCUCGUAGAAAAUGGUGUUUGCAACCUUGUGAAACAAAUUGAAAACGUAAGAAAAUAUGGUGUUCCAGUUGUUGUCGCAAUCAAUAAAUUUGGUACUGAUACGGUUGCCGAAAUCGAGGUUGUCAAGAGAGCUUCAAAGGCUGCAGGUGCUUUAGAUGCCGUUGUUUCCACGCAUUUUGAAGAUGGUGGUAAAGGUGCUAUUGACUUAGCUCAUGCUGUUGUUAACGCUACAGAACAAGAAUCUCAUUUUAAACCAUUGUAUGAUUUAUCUCAACCAUUUGAAGAAAAGAUGACUACCAUCGUGAAAGAAUUAUAUAACGGUAAGGAUAUUAGUAUAUCGCCGGAAGCUUCUAAGAAACUGGAAAUGAUUAAAGCUCAAGGUUUCGGGGAUUUGCCGAUCUGCGUUGCCAAGACUCAAUAUUCUUUAUCUCAUGACGCCAAAUUAAAGGGUGUUCCUUCUGAUUUCACAUUCCCAAUAAGAGAUGUGAGAUUAUCCACAGGUGGUGGAUAUAUUCAAGCAUUGGCCAAUGAGAUUCAAACUAUUCCUGGUUUGUCUACGUAUUCUGGUUAUAUGAAUGUUGAAGUCAAUGACAAGAAUGAAAUCGAAGGUUUAUUCUGA